AUGGACACGGACGUUGGCGAUGGUACAAGGGUGGAGGUAAUGAAGGAGGAACUCGUGGUUGAUCCAGUGACUGAAGUGACACCAUUUGUGGUGGAAACAUCUGUCAGAAUAGUUGGUGAUGGAAUAUGCGAUGGAGAAGAAAGUUGCUUGUCGCGGGCGCCGGACCUGAGGUUGACGCCGGCGUUGUUGGUGAUAGGUUCGGAUGCCGUGCUUGUAGCCAAAUUUGAAAACGAGGCUUGUGUGAUUGAAGAAGCUGAAUUUGAGACAAAAUCGAGAUUGCUUGUCAACUGGUUGGAAGAUGACACCGAGAUUGACGGAAAAGUGGUGUUCGGACCCAAUUCUGUUAGAGAUGUUCUCUCACUAGUUGAAGACGAGGCUAGGGACGUUGUACUCAGAGAAGUAGUGAUGUCCGUUAAUGAAGGACUGCUACUUGACGGUAGACUUGUGGGAAGAUCUGAUGAUGUACCGCUCGAAGUGGAUGUGAAGGCUGUUGUCGAGUCAGAAGAAGUCAAAGUGACAACCGUGCUCGUACUAGAUACUAGUAGCGAUCCAGGUAUGGAGCUGUUGCUUAAUGUUGGGAUAUCUGCAGAUGAGAGAGAAGUGGUUGGUAGGAGAGAAGUCUCUGAAAGAGAACUGGUGGAUGAUAGAGAGCUCGUAAAUGACACUGAGCUCGCGGACGAAACAGGACUGCUCGAGGAUAAGGAUGAAGUCAAUAACGUUGUUACUGUCGAAUUUGAGCUCGUAGGAUACGUCGAAGAGCUUGAAAGGCUCGUUGAGAGAGCUGUUGUAGAAAUCAAACUGCUUGACAGCAGUGUCGUUGAAAAAGUGAAAAUCGUUGAGCUCGAGGUCAAAGAAGAGGUUGAAGAGGACAGCGAGUUUGUUGAGACAAUUAAAGUUGAUAAAGUGUUCGAGGUAGUGGUACCCGUCGCCGACGUAGACGGCGUGAGUGAAAGUGAAGAGGUUAAGGAACUAGUCGUGUUUGCGAAUGGCCCGCCGGUUGAUGUCGAAAAGGUCUGUGUGCUGCUGCUCACUCCGAGGCUGGUCAUUGUUGACGAUGAGGAUGUCGUAGAUUCGGAAGAAGUAGAAGAAGAUGACAGAAUUGAGGUAGAUGAGGUCAGUAAGGGAGUUGACGAGCCUGAAUUAGAGGCCAAAGAGGAGGUUGAAGUUAUUGAGGAACUUGACAAGGAUAAUGACGAGGAGGAGGUUGAAAAUGAGGUCAAAGAGAUCAGAGAAGAGGUCAAGGACAAUGUUGAAGAUGUGUCUGUGGUGGACUCUAGAGUUGAAGAAGAAGUCGAAGAGGAAGUCAAGGAUGAGGACGAAUCAGAGACUGAAGAGGAUGUUGUUGGGGAAGUUGAAGAGGAACUUGAGGAGGAAGUUGAGGUUGUGUCUGUGGUGGAAUCUGAAAUUGAUGAAGACGUCGAAGAAGAACUCAAACUGGUCGAAGAUGAGUUCGACAAGAAGGUGAAGGACAAAGUUUCAGUGCUGGACUCUGAACUUGAAGACGUUGUCGACGACGUGCUUGAUUCAGUCGACUCUGUAGUAGUGGGAGCAGGUGGAACCUCCCGAAAGCCAUAA